AUGGAAGGACAAGCCUCGGCCACCCUCUCAGAGAGCGGCGGUAGCGAAGCGACAAUUUGGCCUCGCCAACAUCAGCGCCAGCAGCCGUCCCAGCCCAGGGGCCACCCACCUCAAGUGCCAGGUCGGCACAGCUCAUCACCCCUCGAGCUUCGGCGGAACCCGGCAGCGAGUCUCGCCAGGCCCGCCUUCAGAUACAAUGCCGACUCAAGCGGCACGCCCCAGGCCGUCGCACCAGACUUCGCCGAAGGCCGGAGGUUCGGAGCAGCUGCUUUUUCUCAAGGCUCGGCUGCGUCGCCGCUGCCCAUACCCCGCGAUGCCGGCUCGCCCUCUCAGCAAGGCUCGCCAAUGGCCAUUUUCGGCGGAGGGCGGAGGCGGCAGGGAGUCGUAUUCGGCGAUUCGCUUGCACAAGCACAGCAGCAGCAGCAGCAGCAGCAGUAUCAGCGUUACCAGCACAUACGGGCCAGUGGAAGCACGAGGCCUAGGACGCGGACAAUGGAUGCGGGGCUGCUCACGCACAGGGGCGCGCCGCCUGUGCCCGAUAGGCAGCGGCACAGAAUAGGCAGCGUCAGCUCUUCAGGGUCGCAGCCUAUGCCACACGAUGAACCGCAAAAGUCCACGCCGCCUACCACAAUGUCGGAUUCCGACCCCGUGGGCUACCCGCCCAUGCCCGCUCACAGGCAUACCGAGACGCUAGCGCCGUCGAGCAAGACAAAGGAGAAGAAAUCAGCCUCAUCCAAUAGACGACUACUGAGGCGGCUGUCCUCCCGUCCAUCGUCGCCCGAGGCGCCCGCAAUGGCCUCGGUCGACUCACUUUCCAUCCCCGUCGCCACCGGAGAACCUGCCCGGAUAAUCUCGCUGAUGAAGGCCCUGGCCGGGAGGAUGCGCGGCGAGAUCGAGUGCGAGGUCGACGCCGGAGGGACUUGGUACGCCGGAUUCGCAUAUAUUGACGAUGAUAAUGGCUGCCUCAUGUGUCACUCUGGACACCAGGGCACCAGCAUGUCCGCCUUCACGACACUUGUUCCGGACCUUCGUGGCUGCAGGGUCUUGCCGGUGGAAUACCCCGAGUCUGGCAAGGCGUGCCUCGAAGUCGUCGCGUUGCAGAAACAACACUCCGGAGAGGCCAUUAUAGUGUUGCUGCGGCCUCUUGCCUCGGACGAUUGGAAUCUGUGGCUCGCGGCCCUACUUUGCUGGCAACAGAUUCAGCCUGCCGGGAUGAGGAUGGCCAACGGCAACAACAGCCCGUCAUCCACCACCACCACCAACAGCUAUCCUACUGUCACACAAAGGCCGGGUCUGCGAAGACAGGGACAGUCUGCCUCUUCUCUGGACGGCGGGCGUAGCUCCAACAUCAUCAAAGUGGGUACCGUCAUGCUGUGGGACAAGGGGCCGGUGGCAACGCCAUGGGAGGUCGUCCAUCGACCAUCGACGAGAGAUAAGCGGUCGCCGCCGGUCGCGUCGUGGAGGAAGGUUUCGUGCAUCCUUCACGAGGACGGCGAGUUCCGGCUGCUUAUGGAAAACGACAUAUCGGUGCUAUGUGUAAUCCAGCUAUCCAAGCUAUCGCGCCACUCCAUCCAGCAACUCGACCACACUGUCUUGGAUCAGGAGUUUUGCAUAGCCAUCUUUCCCAUAUAUGCACAAUCGUCGACCCAGCUGUCCAUAUUUCGACCGGUCUAUCUCGCCCUCGACAGCCGCGUCGCCUUUGAGGUCUGGUUUGUGCUGCUGCGCGCCAUUGCAGUGCCCGAAAUCCACAAGCUGGACGGCUCUGACAACGAGUACUCGGCUCAAGGACUCACAGAGUUGGAAUCGGAACAAGACGAAGAGACUUUUCGGAUUGAAAGAACUGUCGGCGUUAGGGUGACCGAGGCAAAGAUACGAGCUCGACAGGCCGCAGAACCUGAAUCCACGGCGCCCGAAAGGGCCGGCAAGAGCGAGCAGGCAGAUCCGUUGGUGGGUAGCUACCUGGCAGAGGUUAUCCUCGAUGGCGAGGUGCGGGCACGAACGACGACGCGGACAGAUACCAAGAAUCCGUUCUGGAGAGAGGAUUGCGAGUUUGUCGAUUUGCCCCCCAGCGUGCGGGAUUUGACAAUUGUGCUGAAGCGGUUGGUGGAAACGAGCGCGGACGAUGGCGGAACUGCUCAGGAGGAGCUCGUUUGCGGCUCGGUCAACAUCAUACUAGACCGGCUCGAGCGCGGAAAGGACCAUGAGGAAUGGUUGCAGAUAUUGGACGACAGGCAGCAACCCAUCGGCUCGAUGCUAGUCAAGAUCUGGCACGCCGAGCACGUUGCGCUCCUCACCAAGGAGUACAGGCCACUCUCAGACCUCCUUCACCGAUUCUCCACCGGCCUCACGACCAUGAUAUCUGCGGCGCUGCCGGGACAGCUACGCCGCCUCUCCGAGACCUUUCUGGACAUAUUCCAAGCAUCGGGGUCGGCGAGCGACUGGCUCAUGGCCUUGGUGGAGGACGAAAUUGAUGGCAUAGGAAGCGAGGCAAAUCUGCUCUUUCGGGGCAACACGUUGUUGACGCAGUCGCUCGAGUUUCACAUGAGGCGGCUGGGCACCGAGUAUCUGGACGAGGUGCUGCGCGACAAGAUUGUAGAGCUCAACGAGCUCGAUCCAGACUGCGAGGUGGACCCGAGCCGGCUGCCGCACCUCCAGCAUUAUCAUCACCAUCACCACGCCGUCGCCGCAGACAUGGAUCAGCGCUGGAACCGGCUCAUCCUCCUGACCACCGAGGUGUGGCACCGCGUCGCCGACUCGGCCGACCGUCUCCCGGCGGAGCUGCGUCAGAUUCUCAAAUAUAUCCGGGCCGUGGCAGAGGACCGGUACGGAGACUUUCUGCGGACCGUCAAGUACACAGCCGUUUCCGGUUUUUUGUUCUUGCGCUUCAUCUGCCCGGCCAUCCUGUCGCCCAAGCUGUUUGGGCUCCUGAGAGACCACCCUCGGCCGCGCGCCCAGCGCACCCUUACCCUCAUUGCCAAGGUCCUGCAAAAAAUGUCCAACAUGUCCGUGUUCGGCAAACGGGAAGAAUGGAUGGAGCCGAUGAACAAGUUUCUCAGCGCACAGCGGCCCAUCUUCCGGGAGUACAUUGACCGGGUGUGCGGGAUCCCGACGGAAAGGGACGGCGUCAGGAGUGUACCCGCAAGCUACAGCACACCGGUCACGAUGCUGGGACGACUGGGUCCGGCGGCGCGAGAGGGGUUUCCUAGCUUGCCGUACCUAAUCGACCAGGCCAGGAGCUUCGCGAGCCUGGUUAAGCUAUGGGUCGACUCAUGUCCGCCAGACGUCAAGAGGGGGCAGAUCUUCGACGACGGAGAGCUUCUCGCCACCUUUCACGAUCUCUGCAACGCCCUUCAGAGGCGCUCCGACGCCUGUCUCGCCAGGGCAGAGCACUCGCGGGCCAUCGAUUCCGUCUCAGGCGGUGCCGAGCAGCUCGCGGAAUCCCUCGAGCAGGCCACCCUCAUCGAGUCUCUGAGCAAUCCCCACUCGCUGGCGGUGGCCAUCGACGCCAUCAGGCCGCCCGGCAGCUCGGGAAGCGACGGGCUCGGGGAUCGCUUCGCGGCGCAGCGUCACAGCAAGGAGUACCGCGCCGGCAGGGAAGCCAGCAGCUUGGAGAGCAAGAAGACAGGCAGCACAGGGGGCGGCGGCAACACCAUCAAGGGGAGGAACGGAAAGGUGGGGAGGACCAUUCUCAGCGGCAUCAUGAGGAUCGGCGGGAGGGCCGAGAGCCCAGACUCGAAGCAGCAGAAGUGA